AUGGCCGUUCGUGGUAUCUUUGAAGAGCUCACGGAGAUCCCAAUUGCGGUUGAGUUGGCCUCUGACUUCUUGGAUCGCCAAGCCCCUGUCUUCCGUGAUGACACUUGCGUCUUCGUUUCGCAAUCUGGUGAGACUGCCGACUCGCUCAUGGCUCUCCGCUACUGCUUGGAGCGUGGUGCCUUGACUGUUGGUAUCGUCAACAAUGUCGGUUCCUCCAUUUCUCUUCUCACCCACUGCGGUGUUCACAUCAAUGCUGGCCCCGAGAUCGGUGUUGCCUCCACCAAGGCGUACACUUCCCAGUUCGUAUGCAUGGUCAUGUUCGCACUCUCUCUUAGUGAGGACCGUGCAUCCAAGCAGCAGAGGCGCGCCGAGAUCAUGGACGGUCUCACGAAGAUCUCCGACCAGUUCAAGGAGGUGCUCAAGCUCGACCAGCCCAUCAAGAAGCUCUGCGAGCGCUUCAAGAACCAGAAGAGCUUGCUACUACUCGGUCGCGGCUCCCAGCACGCCACCGCCCUCGAGGGUGCUCUCAAGAUCAAGGAAAUCUCCUACCUCCACUGCGAAGCGGUCAUGUCUGGUGAGCUCAAGCACGGUGUCUUGGCUCUUGUUGAUGAGAACCUUCCCAUCGUCAUGAUCCUCACCCGUGAUGAGAUUUUUGCCAAGUCGCUCAACGCCUACCAGCAAGUCAUUGCCCGUAGUGGACGACCAAUUAUCAUCUGCAAUGAGAACGACCCUGAGUUUCCUAACGACAAGACCGACAAGAUUGAGGUGCCCAGGAACGUGGACUGCUUGCAGGGCUUGAUUAACGUCAUCCCUCUCCAGCUUAUGGCAUACUGGAUGGCUGUUGCUGAGGGCCUGAACGUGGACAUGCCCCGUAACCUUGCCAAAUCGGUUACUGUCGAGUAG